UAUUCCUCAGGAAGCAUGGUUCAACGACAAAAUGUACCACGGCUUAAGAAAAUAAUAUUAUAGAUGUUCUCAGACUGUACUUCUGUAGCUAGAAUGAUCUAAUUUUGCCUUUUAAGUAGCAUGUUAUUGGUCAAAAGACUCACGUGCACAGGAAGACAUCAGUAAGUACGUGCUUCUAUAUGAUUGAGACAGAUACAGGAAGCAGAGAUUGCUAAGCACAGUGUUCCUCAGCUUGAUUAAGAUGGCAGAGGUUCUCCAGACUCACACCCCAAAGAGGCCAGGUGUGGGCCUUGCGGUUCUCAUCACUGAUGCGUCCCACCCGGGAUGUGUGCUCCUAGGAAAGAGAAGGGGCUUGGUGGGAAAAGGGCUGUACCAGUUACCCGGGGGUCACAUUGAAUUCGGCGAGACAUGGGAGGAUUGUGCACACAGAGAGGUGAUGGAGGAAGUCGGCAUUCGGUUAAAAAACCUCCGGUUCGCCUCGGUAGUGAACACCGUCAAGCUCGAAGUAAACUAUCACUACAUUACAGUCUUCAUGCAGGGAGAAGUGGAUAAGGACUUUGUAACAUCCGAGCCAGUGAACAUGGAGCCUGAGAAAAACGAGGGAUGGUCAUGGAGAGCCUGGGACGACUUUCCCCCCGAGGAGCAGCUUUUCUUCUCCAUGGCUAGUUUAAAACAGCAGGGUUUCCAUCCUUUCAGCAAGAUUUAACAACAACAAGCAAGGAACUGAUUAAACGUCCCCAUGUAUCUGUCCAGUUGCUCUGACCUUAAACCUGAGCUGAACCCUGCACGGCAGAUAUGUCUUUGAGAUACAGCAAUUGGUGGGUUAGAAAUGAUAAACAUAUUUCCAAUUUAACUACUGUUUUAUAUUUAUGAUCAUCCCCUGUAUUUAUAGCAGUAUGCUUAUUAUUCAUGACGGAUUCAUAUCUUAGACUUAAUUUUAUUCCCACAAACUAUUUUAGUGUGCAGCAGAUCUCUAAAUGAAAUAAAUGUCCGUUUUCACACUGCUCAAA